UUUAAAAGUGUAUAUAUAUCUUGAGCUGACAUUCAUGAGAUAUCCACAAUUGUUGUUAUCAAUCAGAGCAGUCUGAAUUUGCUCUUCAAUUCUUGUCUAUGUACUUCUCUCACACGGAUCUUUUCCAGAAUCUAUAAACUUCAAUUUUCACUGCUACUUUUUUCUCCUUCAGAUUCUUCUCUUCCGCUUCCGACAUUUUACUGUUGAAUUACGAACAUAGAACAUUCCUCAAUCGAUUUUUAGUUUCGGAUAACAGAGAAGAAAUUCUGGGCUUUUCUUUGCCAAGUCCCAGAUGUUGACUUUGCGUGCCCAAAUUUGUCAAGUUUCCCCUUUUGCCGCGUUGUCUUAGCUAUUAAUUCAGCCCUGCUGUUUUCUAACUUUCAAGUAACAAAGAUUUGAUUUUUUUCUAAUACAGUGUAUGUAUAUUGUACUCCAGGUUUAUGUGAUAUAAGCAGCACUUGUAUUCUCGAUUAGGGUUUUUUUUUCUGGGUAUCGUUUUCUUUGAUAGGAUCUGAAGAGAAAUUGGGGAUUUUUUUAUUGUUUAUUAGGGAUUUUGUCCUAAUUUCGUGAUACAUUAAGCUGUGCAUCGUGAAAUAAAAAGAGAUUCAAUUUUCUGGAAGAAUUUUCGAUUAAUUUCUGAAAACGAAGCAUGGAUCAUGUCAUCGGAGGGAAGUUUAAGCUGGGAAGAAAGAUUGGCAGCGGAUCUUUUGGAGAGCUUUACUUAGGAGUAAAUAUUCAAACUGGAGAAGAAGUUGCUGUGAAGCUGGAAUCGGUUAAGACUAAGCACCCUCAGCUUCACUAUGAAUCAAAGUUGUACAUGCUUCUUCAGGGGGGAACUGGGAUUCCCCACCUUAAAUGGUUUGGAGUUGAAGGAGAGUACAAUGCUAUGGCUAUCGACCUUCUUGGCCCAAGCUUGGAGGAUUUGUUUAACUACUGCAACAGGAAGUUCUCAUUGAAAACAGUUCUUAUGCUAGCAGAUCAAUUAAUAAAUAGAGUUGAAUACAUGCACUCUAGAGGUUUUCUUCAUCGUGAUAUAAAGCCUGAUAACUUCUUAAUGGGGUUGGGACGCAAAGCCAACCAAGUGUACAUCAUUGACUAUGGGCUUGCUAAGAAAUACCGAGAUCUACAGACUCACAAGCAUAUACCUUACAGAGAAAACAAGAACCUCACUGGCACAGCUCGUUAUGCUAGUGUUAACACCCAUCUUGGAGUUGAACAAAGCAGAAGGGAUGAUUUAGAAUCUCUUGGUUAUGUCCUCAUGUAUUUUCUAAGAGGAAGCCUUCCUUGGCAGGGACUAAAAGCUGGCACAAAAAAGCAGAAGUAUGAUAGAAUCAGCGAGAAAAAGAUGCUUACUCCAGUAGAAGUGCUUUGUAAAUCUUAUUCAUCAGAGUUCAUUUCAUAUUUCCAUUAUUGUCGGUCAUUGCGAUUUGAAGACAAGCCUGAUUAUUCUUACUUGAAGAGACUUUUCCGAGACCUCUUUAUUCGAGAAGGUUACCAAUUUGAUUAUGUAUUUGAUUGGACAAUACUGAAGUAUCCACAAGUCAGCUCCAGUUCUAAAACGAGGCACCCUACAGGAAAAGUCCCUUUAAACCUAGGACAGCCUGCAGAAAGAGCUGAGAAGACACCAGUGAAGCACGAUAUACGGGACAGAUUAUCUGGUGCAAUGGAGGCAUUUGGCAGAAGAAAUGGUUCUGGUGCAGGCUUGCAUGGAGAAAACUCGAGAAACAGAUCCGAUGAAGUACCACCAUCCAAAGACGUGAAAAUUGAUUCGGAAAGAGGUCGGCUUUCUCGGACCGGCAGUAGCUCAAAGAGGGCAGUCGUAUCAAGCAGCAGGCCCAGCUCCUCUGGUGAACCUAGUGACAAUCGUCAUAGUCGGCUCGGGUCAGGCAGUGGUCGUAUAUCAACCACUCAGAGAUUACAACCUGGAUUUGAGUCCAAGUCCUCCUCUUUCACUCGUGCUGCUGCAAGAGGCAUCCGAGAUGAAACUCUCCGCAGCUUUGAGCUGCUGACAAUUGGCAGUGGGAAAAAGAAGUAACAGUACCAUAUAUAUUACUUGUUUCAGCUUUCUCUCCGGCCAAACUAUGUAAACAAAGGAGCUGCUCAUCAUCAUGUCUCUUUGUUGAUAUGGCUUCUCCAAACUCCCGUCUGCGGAUACGACGACAUCACUGGUCAGUUUCCGAUGGCAAAACCUAAAUCUCCGUUUCUUGAAUCGCUCUCUUUACUUAUUCUUGCUUCGAUACAUCGUGUACGUAUAAAUCCACGAAGACGAAUGUAUUAAUUUGCUAAAUGGAACUACUACUUUCAUGUUUGUGAUUCAAAUAAAUACUGUCUCCACAACUGCUCUUUCAAGAAUGGUACCCAUGUUAGUUCCUCAUGUUGCACUUUGCUACAUUCUGUGUAAAACAUUAGUACAUGUGUUUCAGCUCCUUUUGCCUUGGAAAUUUGUGAAAUUGUUUUAUAUUUUUUAUC